AUGAUGUUGGACAAUAUGGUUAACGAUCUGAAGAAAGAAAAUUGGUUUGGAAGAGUAAUUGUAUUGGUAUAUAGUAUUGAAUUCCAAAAAAGAGGACUUCUGCAUGCACAUAUAGUAUUGUUCUUGCACCGCGAUGAUAAGAUUUCUAAUCCAGUUGAUAUUGACAAGUUUAUCUCCGCCGAGAUGCCUGACAAGGAGAAGAACCCUUCAUUGUAUGCCUUGGUGACAUAUUUGAUGAUUAAUGGCCCGUGUGGAUUGUCAAACUCAAGAUCACCUUGCAUGCGCGAUGGAAUGUGUUCUAAACACUUUCUUAAAAGGUUUAAUGAAGAAACAUUUGUCGAUGGAGAUGUUUAUCCCUGUUACAAGAGGUUGGAUAUUAGUGUAACUAUAAUCAAGAGUGGUAGUGAAGUGGACAAUAGAUAUGUUGUCCUAUACAAUCCAUCUUUAAUUUUGAAAUACAAUGUACAUAUAAAUGUCAAAUGGUGUAACCAAUCUCGCGCAAUUAAUUAUCUCUUCAAGUACAUCAACAAGGAACAUAACAGAAUUAUAGAGGUUUAUCUAGUUCAAAUUGAUGAAAUUCAUGAAUACUAUAAUUGUAGAUAUGUGUUCGCAAGUGAAGCUUCUUGGCGCAUCUUAAGAUUUGAGAUUCAUCAUCGUACUCCAUCAGUAGAAAGGCUUACUGUUGUGUUCAAUGAUGAUGACACAAUCAAUGAUAGAAAAAGGAAAGUAUGGACUCCGCGUAAAAGAAGAUUCUCAAUAGGAAGAUUGUAUCACGUUGCACCAGGCUGUGGCGAACGUUAUUAUAUAAGAAAACUUCUUAGCUUUGUCAAGGGCCCGACAUCAUAUGAAGAUAUCAGAACUGUUGAUGGAAUUAUUCAUCCUACAUUUAAGGAUGCUUGCUAUUCCAUGGGCCUGCUUGAUGACGAUAAGGAAUACAUUGAUGGAAUCACUUAA